UCAGUAUCCUCUGGUGAGAAAGACGGCAAUUGUCAAAACUAAGUCACCCAUACCACGUCGAUGGAUCCCGCGCGAUCACCUGGAGCUCAAUUGCCACAGCGUCAGCGCUUUAUGGAGUUUGUACAGACAGCAUCGACUUGUGAUGCGCUGUGUCAACGGGAAAACGCUGCGUUGCGAGCGCAAGUGCACGAUCUCAGCGAACUGCUGGCGGCUUUUGAUCUCUGCGAGAUCGAGGACGCACACUUGAGCGCCGUGCGAGAUCGUGCAUUUAGCCGCGACAUCACACCAGACGCAGAGCUGCUGCAAGUGUAUCGCGUGGAGCGCCAGCUACAGCAAGCAGCGGUUCUCAAUGACCUGGAGCAACCGAGUGCUGCUAAUGAACAUGAACACGUGAGUGCUGCUUCAGAGCAGGAUGAAAGCAGUUCGAACGCUGAGAGUGUUGGUGGAUCUCUUCAACUGCGCGUUGAGAUUUUGGAGCUAGAGGUGGCAAACUUGCACCUCCGUCACGAUCUUCUAUUGGAAACGGAGCCGAGAUUGAAAACCCCUGCAGCAGUGGAAGAAGUCGAGGGUCACAGCGACACAAUGAAGACAAUUCAGGAGCACCAGCAGAGGAUCACCGAGCUUGAGACGGCGCUAGCAACGGAGCAGGUCAGGAAUGCGGAGCUGGAGCAGCAGAACCGCCGCUAUCAUGAAGCGGAGAAGAUACUCGCAGAAUAUAGCCAAAGCCGUUAGCUUGCAGCUGCCGUGUUAAACUUUACCACAAUGUAAUCCACUUUGGCGACAAA